AUGCACACAUAUAUAAAGACAGCUUAUGCUUUAACUACACUUCCGGGCAUGACUUCGCCAUAUUUUUUAAUUGCAUUGGUUCUAACAUUCCUCUCAGACUGCAAUGCAGCAACGUAUGGCUGCUCCAACAAUGGGCUCACUAAUGCUCUCCGUGAUCAAUUUCUCAACUACCAUAACAAUGCUCGCCAAAGAGUAGCUAGGGGUAUUGAGCCGAACAAAGUUGGACUACUUAACCCUGCCAAGAAUAUGUACAGACUGUCCUGGGACUGCACCAUGGAGCAGCAAGUUCAGGACGCGAUUUCGACUUGUCCUAGCUCACUGGCAUCAUGGUCUAAUAUGGGGCAGAAUUUGAUCAAUAAACAGCUACAACCUGUCUCAUUAGCAGAGUCAGGAGCUGAGGAGCUUUGCGUCCGCCUUGCCCUUGCUCGCACCCCGGACCACGUUCGCGACAUCCUUCAAGAGCAAGUUACUACGUUUGAGAAACGAUUGAGGUUCACUAGCAGUGGUACACUCAACGAUCCACCCGGUUCCAUCAACGCAACGCUUGAUAAUUGGUGGAGUAAAGCAAAGCUUUACGGUGUCACGGAUCCACAAAACAAAUACACCAACAGUAGCCUUUACACUUUUGCUAAUAUGGUCUUUGCCGCCACUACUAAAAUUGGUUGCGCUUACAAGAUUUGUCCUGGUACCAGUAAUGCUAUGACUGUUUCAUGUCUUUACAACCAGAUUGGCUACUAUACCAAUGCGGUGAUGUGGGUGACCGAAGCAGCGUGUACAUCCGCCGCGAACUGCACAACAUAUCCUAGCUCAGGAUGCUCGGCUAGUCUCUGCACUCUAUCAACAACCACUGCAGGAUCAACUGCAGUAACGACUGCUUCUCCAGGUUUGAAAAUGAAUCUAAGCCACUUCGUUCAGAAGAAUUUACCUGAUUUUAGCAACCACUACAGUAACAACUGCAAGUACAGUUGCUUCCCCAGGUCUCCCGAAGGUUCUAAAGAGCUUAACAAUUUAGGGAACACCAUUUGUUCCGGCAACAAUGGAAUGCCAGAUAAUGUUAGGCAAACCAUGCUUGAUCUACAUAACAAUUAUAGAUCGAGUGUUGCUCGAGGGUUGGAAGCGGAUGCGUUGGGUGGAAAUGCUCCUAAAGGUUCGAAAAUGCUUAAGAUGAAGUAUGACUGCUCUGUUGAAGCUAGUGCAAUAAAACAAGCAAAUAAAUGCGUAUUUGCGCAUUCUGAAGAUUCUGAACGCCCUGGCCUGGGUGAGAACCUGUUCGCAUCGAGUGAUCCUGCUCUUGCGAAAGUUACAGCCGCUACGCAGGCUGCUCAAAGUUGGUGGGAAGAACUGAAGCUGAACGGUGUUGGUCCUUCAAACAAUCUCACUGAUGCGUUAUGGGAUAGACCAAACAAACAAAUCGGUCAUUACACCCAGAUGGCCUGGGACACAAGCUACAGACUUGGCUGCGCUGUAGUGAACUGUCCGAGUUUCACAUAUGCUGUUUGUCAGUAUGGACCUUCCGGUAAUAUCAUCAAUAGCCUAGUCUACACCAUUGGCAAUCCAUGCACUGGCUGUCCCACCACGAGUACUUGCACCACAACGGAGGGAUUGUGCAACGUACCAUAA